GAGCGCGCGGGGUGGGGGGGGUCCUGGUCUUUGGCUUCUCGACUCGGUCCUGUUUCGACAGCGAACAUGUCUCGGCCUGUCAGAAAUAGAAAGGUGGUUGAUUAUUCACAGUUUCAGGAAUCUGAUGAUGCUGAUGAAGAUUAUGGAAGAGAUUCAGGCCCUCCAGCUAAGAAAAUUCGAUCAUCUCCCAGAGAAGCUAAAAAUAAGAGGCGAUCUGGAAAGAAUUCACAGGAAGAUAGUGAGGACUCUGAAGAAAAAGAUGUGAAGACCAAGAAGGAUGAUUCUCACUCAGCAGAGGACAGUGAGGAUGAGAAAGAAGAUCAUAAAAAUGUGCGCCAGCAACGGCAGGCAGCCUCUAAAGCAGCUUCCAAACAGAGAGAGAUGCUCAUGGAGGAUGUGGGCAGUGAGGAAGAACAAGAGGAGGAAGAUGAGGCACCAUUCCAAGAGAAAGAUUCCGGCAGCGAUGAAGAUUUCCUGAUGGAAGAUGAUGAUGAUAGUGACUAUGGCAGUUCAAAAAAGAAAAACAAAAAGAUGGUUAAGAAGUCCAAACCAGAGAGAAAAGAAAAGAAAAUGCCCAAACCCAGGCUAAAGGCUACAGUGACUCCGAGCCCCGUGAAAGGCAAAGGGAAGGUGGGUCGCCCCACAGCUUCAAAGGCAUCAAAGGAAAAGACUCCUUCUCCCAAAGAAGAAGAUGAGGAACCAGAAAGCCCUCCAGAAAAGAAACCCUCUGCCAGCCCUCCACCUGAGAAAUCUGGGGACGAAGGGUCUGAAGAUGAAGCCCAGUCUGGGGAGGAUUAAAAAAGUGAUGAUGGUCUGGGGAGAGAUUUUAUUUAAAAAAAAGAGAAAAAAAAAAAGAAAAAAGAAAAAGGGGGAAAAAAACUUAAGAUAGAACAUGGUUUUGGCUAUGGCUUGACUCAUGGGCUUUCAAUGCUUUUUUCCUUUUCUUGAAAAUAACAUUCUCUCUCUCUCUCUUUGAAGAAAACUAUUGUACAUUUAAUUUACUUUUUGUCUAUUGGUCUUUUCUUUGCCGUCACCCCUCUUUCCCACCCCUUCCCAACGGAAGCCAUGUCAAAGUAAUCACUGGACUGACCGCUUCAUCUUUUUAUUUUUAACGGAAGGUAUCCCACAGUUGUAAAGCAAUAAGAUUUGAGGUGAACGCUAUGGAAAUUUUGCUUUUUGCUAAACAGUAGCAAGUUGAACCAUAAUCAAAAAACGUAGAAGGUUUUAGUUUAAAAUGAUUGCUUCUUUCACUACCUGGACUUAGAAAAGUCAGUUGUCAUCUAAUACAAGUUUAUAUGUCUAUAGACACGAGUCUAGAUGUCUACAAAAAAUCAUGAUGUUAAACUUCCACUGAUGGAGCAGGUAGGAGCUAAAGCUGAAUCUGAAUUGUUACUAAAAGUAUUCAUAUUUUUUACCGAAGGGGCGAGGCAGGGCAGGAAAUAGGGCCACCUGACCUUGUGUGAGGGGGUGGGUUUUGGGUUUUUUUUGUUUUUUUUUUUUUAAUUCCAUCACCUGUUAUCUCAAAGAGACCAGGAGCCAGUGAUCCUUUUUAUCCUGCUACAGUCUUUCAGGAACUUAAAAAAAAAAAAAAAAAAAAAAGCAAAAAACAAAAACAGGCAAGGGCCACCGAAACUUAGGUCACUCUUGAUUUCCUAUUUCAUUCUCUAGUGGUUCAUGUUUUUAAAUAUAGAUAUGUUAUCUAUUCUGUUUCUUGGAUAAAGUUUUACCAAGGAUCAAAAAAAACCAAAAAAUAACAACAACAAAAAAGCAUAGAAUUUAAAUGGCAAGAUCUAUACACCAGAGUGGAUUUCUUCUAAACUGACAAUGUUUAGGUUUUAAGCAAAUAAAGUACCAAUUAAUGUGAAACUCAA